UUAGCAGCUUUUUCCAGCUUUGUUUUUUUUGCUGUGGCUGGGUUGCGCUGCGCAGGGGCCGGGCAGCCGUGGCACAGCCGGCGCAGCGCCCCGCGGGCCGGGCACGGGAAGCAGCCGCGGCAGCAGCCGCAGCGUCGCGCGGUGGAAAACGGCUCCGGCAUCCCGCCGGGGCGGCAGCAUGGCGAGCGAGGCGCCGGGCCGCAACGGCACGGAGGUGCAGAUGAGCCAGCUGGUGCUGCCCUGCCACACCAACCACCGCGGCGAGCUCGGCGUGGGCCAGCUGCUCAAGUGGAUCGACACGGCCGCCUGCCUCUCGGCCGAGCGGCACGCCGGCUGCCCCUGCGUCACCGCCUCCAUGGACGAUAUCUACUUCGAGCACACCAUCAGUGUUGGGCAGGUGGUUAACAUCAAAGCCAAAGUGAACCGAGCCUUUAACUCCAGCAUGGAGGUGGGCAUCCAGGUCAGCCACGAGGACCUCUGCAGCGGGCGGCAGUGGAGCAUGUGCAAGGCGUACGCCACCUUCGUGGCGCAGGGCGACGCCAACGCCAAGGUCAAGCUGAAGCCGCUGACCCCGCAGACGGAGGAGGAGAAGAUCGAGCACAGCAUCGCCGCCGAGCGCCGCCGCAUGCGCCUGGCCCACAAGGACACCCUCAAGGACCUGCUCACCCGCAGCCCCCGCGAAGCCGAGCUGGAGACCCGCGACGGCAGCGUGGUGGUGCCGGCCGAGGAGACCCGGGUGGAGAGCGUGGAGCUGGUGCUGCCGCCGCACGCCAACCACCAGGGCCACACCUUCGGGGGGCAGAUCAUGGCCUGGAUGGAGAACGUGGCCACCAUCGCCGCCAGCCGGCUGUGCCGUGCCCACCCCACGCUGACCACCAUCGAGAUGUUCCACUUCCGCGGACCCUCCCAGGUCGGCGACCGGCUGGUGCUGAAGGCCAUCGUCAACAACGCCUUCAAAAACAGCAUGGAGGUGGGGGUCUGCGCCGAGGCGUACGGGCAGGAGAUGGCCACGAGCCGCCGGCACAUCAACAGCGCCUUCAUGACCUUCGUGGUGCUGGACGAGGAGGGCCGGCCCCGCACCCUGCCCAUGGUCGUGCCCGAGCCCGAGGAUGGAGAGAGGAGGUACAGAGAAGCCAGCGCUAGGAAAAAGAUUCGGCUGGACAGGAAGUACAUCGUGUCCUGCCGGCAGACCGAGGUGCCGCUCUCCGUGCCCUGGGACCAAAGCAACAAGGUGUAUCUGAGCUACAACAACGUCUCCGCGCUGAAGACGCUGGUGGCGAAAGCAAACUGGGUCCUCGCCAGGGAGAAGGAGAAGGUGAGGAUGUACACGCUGGAGGAGGACCAGUUCCUCUCCUUCCGCAUGGAGAUGACGGCGCGCAUCACCGCGGCCCAGGCCUUCUCCCUGCUGUCCGACCUGCGGCGGCGGCACGAGUGGGACAGCCACUACGCGAGCGCCGAGCUGGUGCAGCAAGUGGACGACGACGACAUGAUCUACCACGUGGUGAGCCAGACGCUGAGCCGCGAGAACAAGCCGCAGGACUUCGUCAUCCUGGCGUCCCGGCGGAAACCCUGCGACAAGGGGGACCCCUACGUGGUGGCCUUCCGCUCGGUGACGCUGCCUACCCACCCGCCCAGCCCCGGCUUCACGCGGGGCGAGACGCUCUGCUCGGGCUUCUGCAUUUGGCCGGAGACGGAGGAGACGAGCAAGGUGGCCUACUACAACCAGGCCACGCCGGGGUACCUCAACUACGUGACGACCAACAUUGUGGGCCUGUCCUCCAACUUCUACACCACCUUCGUCGCCUGCGAGAAGUUCCUGCUGAAGAACAAGGACGACCUCAUCCUGCGGCUCCAGGAUCUCUAGCGGUCCCUCGCGCAGGCGGGGGCGAGCGGGCGCCUUCAGAUGAGUAGUUGGUUAGCGGCAUUACUAGGAGAGCAGCGGCCGAGGGGUGCGUGGGUGAUGGGACACCUCGGGUGGGCCUGGUAGCGAGAAGGGACACGGCGGGAGCGGGAGUCGGUGAGGGCCAGGCAGUGGCCCGGAGAACCAGGGCAUCGCUGGAUCUUGCGCGGCGGCGAGCUGGCGGCAUUGCAGGAAAGCGUAACCCCGUGUACCGAAAUGUUGGAAAUGUAACGUCUUUUUUUUUUUAAUUUUCUACAGGAAUUGACUUUUCUAGUUCAGUUAACACUACUUGAAUCUUUGUAUGAUGAAACUCUUACUAAACAGAUUUUUUUUUUUUUUC